AUGCGUCGAGAUUUUUCUCGACCAGGCUCAGCCUCAGGCGGCAUUGGUCGUCCACAUCCAAUACGCAAGUCGUCGUUCACGUCCCGACGUCGUCGACGAUCAGCACUGCUUGCCACUUUUGCGGCCCAAGCCACCAUCCUCGUCUCGUCUAUUCUCGUCACCUCUCCCGCCAUGAUUGCACCUGUACGCGCAACACUCAUGUCCAGCUCCGCCGACAGCGUCUCGCCCCGUGAUGUCGACUAUCAAUCCAGCUUCAUCGCCAGUCAGGGAUCUGCAUCCGACUUCAGUCUCAAAAGGGGUCUGCUAUCACCAAAGCUGUCUCGCCAACCGGCGUACCCUGCAUCGUCGCGGCAGGCCACGAUAUCGAACCAUCAGGACGACAUCCUUCCAUCUUUAGAUGAUAUUGAUGAUCAUCUUCCGCAGCGAUUGCACGAUCCAGCCUUGCAUCGCCAGUAUUCCCGCCAGAUAGAUGCAGACUCUUCUCUUUUUGUAGAACACGACGCCUCCAAGCUUGGACAGCAGUUCGAGCGCAAUACAGACGCUGCGUCCGGCUCCUCCAAGUCGUACAACUUCGUCACCCACAGCGGCCACCGCUACUCGUUACCGUCCACCUAUCCCUCCAGCAUCGCCUCUUCCUGGAACAGACCCGAACGCAGCGUCUGGUUCCAGUCGAAGGCCAUCAUCAUCACCUCGGUCUUCCUUGCCAUAUUCAUCGUGCUCUUUAUCGGCGCUGCCGUGUUCCUUCGUGAGAGGAAAUUCGACGCCGAGCUCGAAGGUCUCGACGAUGAAGAGGCGCUCGCGCGCAUAGAAGAGCGAAUGAACAUGGGACGAUAUUCGGAACCCACAGAGAAGGACGAUGAUGGGCAGGAGGGUGGUGGCGGCAGCGGCGGGGGCAAGUUCAAGCGACGAUUCCGCUUGGGCAGGAAGCGGUCCGAGAAGGACGACGCAAACCCGUCCAUUCCUUCGUCCGGCUCCUCGAGUGCCGUUCGACGCAAGCGCCACCUCGUCUCGCGCUGGACCAGGGGCAAUCUGCGGGACAGCAACGACACCAUGCGCGGCGUUAGCGACAGCGCUUCCAUCCGAUCGGGCCAUUCGGCUCGUCGUGUCGCACUGGGCGAUCCUCGCGACAACCAAGAGUCGGUCGAGGUCACCUACGACAGCGACGGAGUCGAAGUGUCCCGCACCGAUAGCGGUGCAGACGGCACCACGAACCAUGCUCGCAAUGGCAGCGACGGCGCCGGUGGUACCUCGACAGAAUCUUCUGCGCACAACCGUCGUCGAAGUUCACCUCCACCACCACCGCAUCCCGACGAUUUGCUGCGACCCGUGCUCACCUCUCACGCGAGUGGCUCAGCUUCAAACGCCGAGCCCGGAUCUGAAGGCAGCACCACUUCGCCUCGACGCGUCUUGCUGGACGACAGCGACUUCCAUGCCGCUGAUGCGGCCGAGACGCACCACAACGAGAUGCGAUACAUGCCACCCGCCUACAUUUCAUCUGGCUCCGGCGCUCGUGAGCCAGGCUACGAUGGUGCCGCGGUGGCUGCUGCGAUUGCACGCGGGGAUGCCAAGCACGGUAUCCCGCCACCGGAGGAGCGCGACUCGACCGUGUCGCCCGAGGUGAUCGGUGCCGCUCUCUCGCAAGAAGCGUCCGCCGCGUCGAGCGAGAGGUACGACGAGCCCCGUGGUCCCGUCGCCGCACAUAUCGCAACGGACGACAAGGCGGUGCUGGGUGCUCUGUCUGCCGCUGCGAGCAUGCCUUCCGCGCCUGGUGCCGAGGUGUCAGCUCCCGCGUACGGGGCCGCGGAAGAGUCUGCUGCUGGCGGAUCAUCCAAUGUCGCUGGACUAGCUGCUGGUGUCGCUGGCCCCUCCGCGCCUGACCUGGAGGUUGAUCGGGACGGGUUCGAGAUUUCACCUGCAGACGUGGAUGUUUCUGAACCGGUCGAAAGCGAGCGAGUAAGCAAAGGCAAAGCCAAGCAGCCAGCGACCUCGUCUCUGCUCCCUGCGCCGCCAACACCUGUCGAGCCUGCCUUCUCGCCCUUCGACCAGCCCUACCGUGCCACUCGCCCGCGCGGCGUUGAAGCACCCUCAUCGCCGCCCUCCGGUCGGCCAUCGUUGCAAGCUCGCAGAUCGACCGACUCGCCGGCUGCACCCAUGUCGCAGCGCAAGAGCGAGAAGCAGCGCGAAGCCGAGCACGAAGAACAUCUUGCGCAGCUCGUGGCCUCACGUCCGGACGGAUUGGCUGUUCCGCUCUACGAAGGCAGGGAACUGGCCUCUGCCCCUCCGCUCAACACGGCAACUGAUGCUGAGCACCUUCCCGUGUACGAACAGAGGAGGGCUCAAGCUACGCAGACCGCCAGCGCCCCCUCCGUCGGAGAGGCGCCCUCGGCUCCGUCCGCACCUGCGAUGGACGACGAGCAGUAG